GACGCAAGCCUUCGCCAUACAGAGGCAACGUGGAGUCUGUUUUCCUGCAUAUCAGACGUGUCGGUUUUGUUCUCCAUCUUGACAGGAAAACUGUAUCCUAUUUGCUUAAUUUAGGAGUUUUUACAUAAAAAAAUGGGCGAAAUAAGAUUGCCCAGGCACAUGUUUUUGUGGUGCCUGUCGGCAAUCUAUAUGUGUGCAUUUGCGUCUCUUUAUGUCCAGAUUCCAGGUCUGUAUGGGAAUGAGGGUUUGUUGCCAGCACGCUGGAAGCUGCGGGUUUCUGGUAAAAGUCUUCUGGAGCAGCUGAAGGAUUCUCCCACGCUGCUAUGGUUCGGUCCGCAUCUCGGUUUGGACACACAGCAGUGUAUGGAGCUGCUCAGCCUGACCGGAGCUUUCAUCAGUUUGAUGGCUUUGGCUGUACCUGUGUUAAGAGACUGCAGAGUUUUCCUGGUGCUAUGGAUCCUUUACCUGUCACUUUACGAGGUGGGCCAGGUCUUCUUAUACUUCCAGUGGGAUAACCUGUUAUUGGAGACGGGCUUUUUGGCCAUUUUAGUCGCUCCCAUGAACAUGCCCUGGUCAUCGAAAGUGCGUCUUCAUGACAAUGUGACUUUCUGGCUGGUGCGCUGGCUGUUGUUUCGGCUGAUGUUUGCGUCAGGUGUGGUCAAGCUAACCAGUCGCUGUCCUACCUGGUGGGGCUUAACAGCGUUGACCUAUCACUAUGAGACUCAGUGUAUACCGACACCACUGGCCUGGUUUGCUCAUCAGCUGCCAGUGUGGUUCCAGAAACUCAGUGUGGUGGGAACGUUUUUCAUCGAGAUCGCUGGUCCCUUCAUGUUUUUUAGCCCUAUACGAAGACAUAGACUGGCUGCCUUCUACAUGCAGGUUCUGCUUCAGGUUAUGAUUAUCCUGUCUGGGAAUUAUAACUUUUUUAAUAUUCUCACCAUCACUCUGUGCGUCUCUUUGCUGGAUGAUGAACAUGUCAAUUUCUGGCUCCGCCGAACAUCACCAAAGACAGAGAAAACAUCUUUGCAGACUCUUAUGUCUGGUGUCAUUUUGAUGUUGGAGUUUGGUGGGUACGUGCUGCUUGUUUACUGGACUGUCCUCUACUUCGACCUUCAGGUGGAUUGGGAAAAGAAAAGCAUCAGCUCCAAAACUGCCUUUACGUAUUUUGAGUUCAACGGGUUUCUGAAGGCCGUGACUGUGCCCAGUAUUUGGAUGGGUGUAUUUUCUCUUACCUGGGAGAUUAUCACUGCAAUGUUUAAGAGUGCUUGUGUGAAGGGUGUAUUUUGGCGUCUCUGGAGCACAAUCCAGUGGGCGAUCAUGGCUGCAGCUACAGUCUCCAUGUUUGCCAUCAGUCUGGUUCCAUAUACCUACAUUGAAAAUAACGCUCACAAUGAACUUUGGCCUGGCAUCCGGAAAGCAUUCGAGAUAACUGACCGCUUUCAGUUGGUCAACUCAUACGGACUCUUCCGGAGAAUGACAGGGGUGGGAGGACGUCCAGAGGUGGUGAUCGAGGGCAGCAUGGAUCGCAACACAUGGACGGAGAUCGAGUUCAUGUAUAAACCCGGGAACAUGACAGCAGCGCCCCCUGUGGUGACUCCGCACCAGCCCAGACUUGACUGGCAAAUGUGGUUUGCAGCUUUAGGACCUCACACGCAGAGUCCAUGGUUCAGCAGCCUCCUCCAUCGACUGCUGCAGGGAAAACGAGACGUAAUAAAGCUCAUUCAGACAGAUGAGACUCAGUAUCCAUUCAGUAAACAGCCUCCGGCGUAUCUCAGGGCUCACCGAUACAAAUACUGGUUCACAAAGCCGAAAGAGGACGGGUCAUAUCCCCAGCGAUGGUGGAGAAGGGUAUAUGCGGAAGAGUUUUAUCCCAUAGUGAGCCUUGGUGACUCUUAUCUUGAUUAUAUGCUAGAUCAACAUGGUCUGAAGGAUAAAGCUCCUCUGAAACGCAGCUCAAAAGCUUGGUUGCCUCGGUUAUUGGAGCAUGUUAGUGAGCAUGCGCGUGAGAUACCAGCUCCUCUUCUGCUGUGGACUCUCUUCAGCUCGGCAGCAACAUUCUGUCUUCUCAACACUUUAUUUUCACGCACACAUCGUCACAACCACGGAUCUCACCAGAACCAACACGCAGAUAAACCCAGCACAGACAAGACCCACUGCAGCAGAACAGAGGAGGACAAGAAGAACUGUGAGGAAAAGACGGAAGAUGAUAGAAAAGAGGAUUCAGAGGUAGAGGAUGACGGACAAGACGGAGAUGAAGAGGAAGCAGAACUCGAACAGGAAGAGGACGUGAGCUCAGAAGAAAAGGAAUUGAAGGAAAAGAAAGCAAGGUUUGAUUAGACUCUUUGAAUAACAGCUCAG